UCAAUAUAUUCACAUAAAAUAACUUUGAACUACAAUAGAAUAAUUAAAUUGUGGCUGCCAAAUAAAAACAAAAUGACCCAAAAUUUGGAUUUAUCCUCGAAUAAAUAAGAAAGAAAAAAAAAACCUCUGGAACAGUGCUCCAAAAAAAGAGGAGAGAGAAAUUAAUGGCGUCCUCAAAACUUAAAGCUUUGUGGAAUCAUCCAGCCGGUCUAAAAACCAUUCACUUUUGGGGGCCAACAUUCAAGUGGGGACUUAGCAUAGCAAAUAUUGCAGAUUUCUCCAAGCCACCUGAGAACAUUUCCUACCCUCAACAAAUUGUGGUAGCAGCCUCUGGACUUAUUUGGUCGCGUUAUGGCAUGGUUAUUACACCGAGAAAUUGGAAUUUGUCGAGUGUAAAUUUUGCAAUGGCAGGAACAGGGUUUUAUCAACUAGCUAGGAAACUUCGGCAUGAUUACUCUUCUGAAAGAGAAAGAUCUGCUAUAGAUGAAUAAUAAGGAGUCGUUUAAAUAGAAGUUCGAAAAUGUUCCUUGGCGUAGAAUUCCUCAUUUGUAGUUUAUUUGUAUUAAUGUACGAUUCUCGAUGUUAUAUGUUUCUUGCUCUUGGCAAAUUUCUAUUAAAAUUUGUGUAGAAGCUUGUGUAAACUUUUAUAUUUCGGGGAUAUUAACUGUAUUUCACAACUUUAUACUAUUGUACUUCCUCCGUUUCUUUUUA